UUGAAGUAGGAUGAAUAUAGUAGAUUAGCAGCUGUCUUAGUGCUGUUGAGUAAACUACCUAAGAGCUAAAGAGAGUAAGGUGCUUAAUGAGUCCGUGCUUCAAUAAAUCUCAGCCCUUUUCAGAAAGCUGCAGCACACAGCAAGCCUAGCUAGUACAGAAAGGGGAAAGAAAAUGAUGGAUUUCAAGAUAGGAAGUAUGGUUCUGUGUCUUCUAUUCGGGUCUAAAGCCACACUGGCCUUGUCACCUGCUGAGGAUGACAGACUGGAACACUGGCACAGUAAAGCCUGCAGGUGUGAUUGCCAGGGAAGUCCCAACUCAGUUUGGUCCACUGGAGCAAACAGUCUGCAGUGCAUGCCAGAAUGUCCCUAUCACAAGCCACUUGGUUUUGAGUCUGGAUCUGUUACUUCAGAUCAAAUAAGUUGUGCCAAUCCAGAACAAUACACAGGAUGGUAUACAUCAUGGACUGCUAACAAAGCCAGGCUUAACGGACAAGGCUUUGGAUGUGCCUGGCUCUCAAAAUUUCAAGACUCUAAUCAGUGGUUGCAGAUUGACCUGAAGGAAAUAAAAGUUAUUUCAGGGAUACUCACACAAGGAAGGUGUGAUGCAGAUGAAUGGAUGACAAAAUACAGUGUUCAGUAUAGAACUGAUGAAAAUCUGAACUGGGUCUAUUACAAGGACCAGACAGGAAACAACCGGGUUUUCUAUGGGAACUCAGACAGAUCAUCCUCCGUACAGAACUUUCUGCGCCCCCCCAUCGUCUCCCGCUACAUUCGAUUGAUACCACUUGGUUGGCACGUGCGCAUUGCCAUCAGGAUGGAGUUGCUUGAGUGCAUGAACAAGUGUGGUUGACAUGCAAUCGACAGCACCACAUGACAUUGUAAGGGACAUGAUGAGAAGCAUUAAAAGAAUUACAGAAACACAAUGAAUAAAUUGUGUAGGUUCUUCCUGUACGUAGGAUAGGUUCUCAAUGUAUUAUAGAAAUUAUAAGCAUUAUACAGCCACCUUCUGCUAUGAUUUAUAUGAUUGGCAACUUCAGCAGGUUUAAUGGAGUUUUUCCAACUAAAAAUAACAUUGAGGUGGAAGUGGGACCCAGAAACUUUUCUGAAACAAUGAUCAGUUUCGCAUGAUAAUUUUUCCUUCCCUACCCCCUUUUUGGGCUCAUG